AAGCUAUUUAUAUUUUUUGAACUUUUUGAUUUGUCCUUUUGUUUAGUAGUUUUUUAUUGAAACUAAAAACUUUAAUAAGAUGGUUUUCAUACUUUUCUUUAUAUCUAUGGUGAAUUGCAACAGUUGUCUUUUUUGUUUGGAUGACAUUCAAUCAAAUGAAAGUAGAAAUUUACUUGAAGAAUUUUGUUCUAAAAAUGAAACCUUUAAUAUGGAUGGAAGGUGUUGCUUCAAAAAUGGAACUAUUUUGAUUGGUGUUGAUCUUAGCAAUUGUAAGUUACAAAACCUGGACAUGUAUCGGAAUAAUUUAUUAGACAUUCAGAAUAUUCAAUGGCUUGCAGUCAAUCAAAAUCCAAAUUGGACCUUAAAUAAUUACAGAGGAUUUAUAGAACUCACACUGUUGGUUAUUAAUAAACCUCAGAAUUGCGACAAGCAAUUUUGCAAUCAGUCACUUGUAAAAAAUGGUUCUGCAACAUAUGUUUGUGCUUCUCCCAUCAAUCCUUGUGUAAACAAAGAGUGUGGUAAUAGUUUAACAGAAUCUAAAAUUAAUGUACAAGAUUGCCCUGAGAAUUCCGUCUGUCAUCAAGAUGGACCAGGUCUUUUUGAAUGUAAUUGCGCUAAGGACUGGCACGAUUAUCGUUGUUUAAGAAAGCAAGGUUUCCCUCUUACACAAUGGAUGGUUGGAUUUUCUGUUGCAACUAUAUUAAUAUGCAUUGUACUGCGUAUUUUACAGAGGAAGGGAUUGAAGAAUGGGAAAGAGUUACUUCAACAAGGACGUUUUCUAGACUCUUAAAUCCAUAAAAGAUAUGUUUAUG